ACACUAGUAUCGAAAACUGGAACAAAAAGGAAAUUGACUAAAAUUGGAGUGGAGAAUAUGAAUGUUAAUGAAUCACUUCUUGCUGGGAUGCAUAUAUAGGAGACCUAUUUGAGGUGUCGAAAUAGUGAAGUAUGCGCUGGAAAAAGUGGAGUCUGUCAGACCAGGAGUUGUCUUAGUUUGAUGAAGACCACUCCUGGUUUUUGGGAUUUAAGGAUUUAAGGAAAAAGUAUGUUUAACUAGGCAAGUCAGUUAAGAACAGAUUAUUUCGCCGGAAGAUUCGCCCUCCUAGGUUCCCCUUGAGCCUGUGUAGGGAUUUUUUUAGCUGAAAAGUUUUGUGAUUUAGUUCAGUUUAUUUAUUUUAGUUUGGUCGUGUAUUUUUGUAUUUUGUUACAUUUUUGGGAAUACUGUUUCCAUCCCGCACAGUAGGUGGCGGAAUGCACAUUACGUUGUGCGAUCGCCAAUAUACCAUAGAAGAAGAUCUUCGUCAUAUCCUCCUAUCUUUCGUUGCCGCAUGUUUCCUCGGAUAUUUGUGGAUCAGGUCUGGUAUAUUGUUUUUACGUCCAUUUUAGAGUGGUUUUAUGGUAGAAACAUGAACCAAGAAAAAUUAGCAAAACUUCAAGCCCAGGUCCGGAUAGGAGGAAAGGGCUCUGCACGUAGGAAGAAGAAGGUCGUACACAGGACGGCAACAGCCGACGACAAAAAACUUCAGAGUUCGUUAAAGAAAUUAGCUGUCAACAACAUUGCUGGUAUUGAGGAGGUAAACAUGAUCAAGGAUGACGGCUCAGUGAUCCACUUCAACAACCCCAAAGUGCAGGCAUCUCUGUCGGCCAACACUUUCGCUAUCACCGGCCAUGCCGAGACCAAGCAGCUCACGGAGAUGCUGCCGGGCAUCCUCAGCCAGCUGGGCGCCGACAGCCUCACCAGCCUGCGCAAACUAGCAGAGCAGUUCCCUCGACAAGUGCUUGACAGCAAAACCCCUAAAGCAGAAGAUAUUGAAGAAGAAGACGACGAUGUCCCAGACCUGGUGGAGAAUUUUGACGAAGCAUCAAAGAACGAGGCAAACUGAUUGAUCUUCCCCUUGAGACCCCAUACAAGGAUUGGAACUGCAAUUAAGAAACUAAGGCGACUUCUCUGAUGUUUUAACUUCUAGCUAUGAAGACCUAUCAUUUCAAACACUAUCCCGUCAUCCAGAGACUUGUGUAUUUUGAAAUGUCCCAAGGAUGCAGUCCUUAUCAGACUUGCUUGCUCACUUAAACUCUCAACACAUUGGUCAACGGUUCAGUACUUUUCACCACAUUGUUAGUCUCGAACAGGAUUGCGGUGGUCAUUUUAAUUAAAGCUAGUCUUAAAAAUAAUUUUGUUUUUACGAAACAAAAUAAAGGUGAUUAACAUUUUC